UCUGCUGCACCGGCUACCUAGUUCGCUCUCCUCGUCAGCAUUAAGCAACGAGUGCUGUGUGUGACUGAGAGAGCUGAGACCAGAGUGCAGGAGAGCUAGUUUCGUCAUCAGUGCAGUUAAGCUGCUCGUUUCCAGUCCAGACAGGUCCAGAGUCUUGCCAGGUAGCUAGCCAGGAAAGGGUCCGGUAGUACGGUGAUCCAUUCAUGGCGGCGGAGGUGGCCGGAGGAGGAGCUGUUGGUGCGCCGUCGUCGUCCCCGCGGCGCGUGGUGGUGGCGGUGGACGAGAGCGAGGAGAGCAUGCACGCGCUCUCCUGGUGCCUCUCCAACGUCGUCUCGGCGGGCAAGGCCGCCGUGGCGCCACCCCCGUCCGUGGUGCUCGUCCACGCUCGGUCCCCGCGCCCGCUCUACUACCCGACCAUCGAUGGCACCGGGACAGGGUACGUGAUGACCCAGCAGGUGGUGGACUGCAUGGAGCAGUACAUGGCCUCCGCCGCCGACACCGUCGUCACCAAGGCCAAGACCAUCUGCACCGCCUUCCCCGACGUGAGGGUGGAGACGUGCGUGGAGAAGGGCGACCCGCGCGACGUGAUCUGCGGCGCCGCCGAGAAGGCCGGCGCCGACAUGCUCGUCAUGGGCAGCCACGGCUACGGCUUCCUGCAGUGGGCGCUCAUGGGCAGCGUCAGCAACCACUGCGUGCAGAACUGCAAGUGCCCCGUCGUCGUCGUCAAGAGGCCCGACUCUGCUUGAGAGUUGAGACACGCUAGCGUGCAGUGGCCGUUGCUUGAUUAGCUUGUGUACAGUUGUGUGUUGCUGAUGAGCAUCGUUAUCGUGUUGUACAGUACCGUGUCAUGUAAUGACCGUCUGCAUAUAUCUACUAGGGUUGUAAAGUAUUGUCCCCCUUGUUCUGUGCCUCUGUUCCGCCCCUCCAACAAAGGACUCUGAACUCUGGUAA